GUUCAAUUACAGAUCAACACACCAUCUCACCACAAAUGGAUUCUACGAGUUCCUCAACUGGUUCGAUGAAAGGGCUUGGUACCCCCUGGGCAGGAUCGUUGGUGGCACUGUUUACCCCGGGUUAAUGGUGACUGCCGGCCUCAUCCACUACGUGCUUAACCUGCUCCACAUCACCGUCCACAUCCGUGACGUGUGUGUCUUUUUGGCACCGGUGUUCAGCGGUCUGACCGCCAUCUCCACCUUCCUGCUGACGAAGGAGCUGUGGAACCAUGGUGCAGGGCUGCUGGCGGCCUGCUUCAUCGCCAUCGUCCCUGGCUAUAUCUCCCGCUCGGUUGCAGGCUCUUUCGACAAUGAGGGCAUCGCCAUCUUCGCCUUGCAAUUCACCUACUACCUCUGGGUGAAGUCGGUGAAGACGGGAUCUGUAUUCUGGGCUAUUGGCUGUUGUCUCUCAUACUUCUAUAUGAGUGGCCUUGCGGUCAUCAGAUAA